AUGCCGACAGCCAUGCCGACAGCCAUGCCGACAGCCAUGCCGACAGCCAUGCCGACAGCCAUGCCGACAGCCAUGCCGACAGCCAUGCCGACAAACAUGACCGCAGCCAUGCGUGACGAGAGGAGAGAGUGGCUCCUCAGGCGCUCUUCUUCUGCUUCCGACCUCUCAGUCUCCUCCUUGGGAUCUGCAAGCUCGCCGGAAUCAGCAGCAUCUCAAGGGUCUUCCAGGCGCAACCUCCGCGUGAGCUUCUCGCAAGUCGACGAACAGCUUGAUCGCCGUCACAACCGUAUCCGCACCUUGACGAAGCAGCUUGUUCCAAGCGCGAGCAUGCCUAACUUGCAUGCUCGCCAUGCCGACAAUGACGAGGAUGAGCCAUUGCACUCUCCGGUGUUGGAUCAGCUCUCCGAAGUAGUCUUGAGCAUCUUGCCUCGACGCCACUCCUUGAACGACUUGCAGACGACAGAAAGUCAGAAACGUACCAUCCUCAAGAGCGAGUCCACCCUCCAGUCAAACAGAACAGGCCGAAGGAAGUCGGACAUCGCUCGAUACGAGCUGAGCAAGACCUACACGUGUCUGGGCAGCAAGGAAGAGGCCAAAGAGACCAGGCCAAAAGCCACCUCCGCUCCAAAACUCGAGCAGAGGAAGACUCCAGAGCCUGCAGAGGGUGAGCUCAAGGUUGAAUCUGGUUUAUCUCAUCUCUGGGACAACUGUAAGAAAAUGAGCGACACAUACCUUAUAGGGGCUAUCCAGACUCUUGAGCAAGUUUUCGUUCAGUGA